AUGGACCCUUGUCUAGACAUUCCCCUGCGAAUCGCGGCUCCUGCUGUCGCCGCCUCGCUAGCCUACCUGAAUGCGAGAUGGUCCGUCUUCUACGACUGGAACCUCCUGAGCGCUUUGGUCCGAAUAUUGCUGAAAUCCAGAUUGGCGGAGCACUGGGACCGCAUUAAUUUGUUCUAUGUCCUGGAGAAACAUGCUCUCGCUUCCAGCACCGCCAACCAUCCCUUCAUCGUCUACAAUGGCCGGACUUGGACUUUCCACGAGACAUACCAGACUGCCCUGCGAUACGGCCAGUUUUUCAAGAAUAAGUUCGGGGUCAAGCCGAAGGAAAUUGUUGCUAUGGACUUUAUGAACUCGUCCAAUUUUGUGUUUAUCUGGAUGGGCCUGUGGAGCAUCGGUGCUGUUCCAGCCUUCAUCAACUACAAUCUCAGCGGCAAGCCGCUGACACACUCGGUCAAGGUGUCGUCGGCUAGGCUUUUGAUUGUCGAUGAGGAGGUCCGCGAUCGCUUCCCUCCGGAGCAGCUGGCCACAUUCUCUUCUCCGGAUUUUAGAGACGACAAGGGGCCGGUGGAAGUGGUCUUCUUUACCCCUGACUUGGAGGCCCAGAUCCUGCAAACCGCUCCCAUUCGGGAAGAUGACAGCGCCCGAAGUGGUCCUAUCGGCCGCGAUAUGGCCAUGUUGAUCUAUACCAGUGGAACGACUGGACUUCCAAAACCUGCCAUUGUCAGCUGGUUUAAAUGUUGGGCGGGCGGCACAUUCAUCACCAAGUGGAUCAGCCUGAAGAAGACUGAUCGAGUAUUCACGUGUAUGCCUCUCUACCACUCCACGGCGGCGAUAUUGGCCUUUUGUGCCUGCCUGAUUGGCGGGACGACGCUCAUUAUCGGCCAUCGCUUUUCCGCGAGAAAUUUCUGGAAAGAAGUGCGCGAAAAUGACGCCACGAUCAUCCAAUACGUUGGUGAAACCUUGCGCUACCUUCUGGCUGUGCCUCGCGAGGUUGACCCAGUCACGGGCGAGGAUCUCGACAAGAAGAACAAUGUGCGGGUAGCUUACGGGAAUGGGCUGCGUCCAGAUGUCUGGAAUCGGGUCAAGGAGCGUUUUGGCAUCGAAACCAUUGCCGAGUUCUAUGCUUCUACCGAAGGGGUCUCGGGACAUUGGAAUAUAUCGUCCAACGACUUCGCAGCUGGUGCCAUCGGCCGAAAUGGCUACCUCGCACAGCUCCUCCUUGGACGGACCAUGGCCAUUGUCGAGGUAGAUCAUGAGACCGAAGCACCGUGGCGCGAUCCGAAAACAGGGUUCUGCCGCCGUGUGCCGCGAGGAGAGCCAGGGGAGCUGAUCUACGCUCUUGAUCCGGACAACAUCUCGCAGGGAUUCCAAGGCUACUACAACAAUUCGAAGGCGACCGAAGGGAAAAUUCUUCGCGAUGUGUUUGCCAAAGGUGAUGCCUGGUUCCGGACCGGCGAUAUGGUGCGGUGGGAUCACGAAGGCAGGUGGUAUUUUUCAGACCGCAUCGGCGACACGUUCCGGUGGAAGAGUGAGAACGUUUCGACGUCCGAGGUCGCAGAGAUCCUCGGGAACCAUCCCGCCAUUCUGGAAGCCAACGUGUACGGCGUUUCGCUGCCGCAUCACGAUGGACGCGCGGGCUGUGCAGCGAUUGUUCUCCGAGACCAAAAUGUUGCGAGCGAGGGCCAGCCGGCUCCGGAACCAUCAGCAGCAGUUCUCGAAUCUCUGGCCGCUCAUGCGCUUGCCAAUCUGCCCCGAUACGCGGUUCCAUUGUUCUUGCGAGUGACUCCUCAAAUGCAAGCGACGGGCAACAAUAAGCAGCAAAAGCACACCUUACGGGUUGAGGGUGUUGAUCCGUCGCGUGUUGCCGCAACUGAUCGACUAUACUGGCUACAGAAUAACAAUUAUCAUUAUCAGUCAAAGCGAAAGAACAUUCCUACCCGACAAUAG